AUGGGGUCAAGCUAUUUUGUGAUACAGAUUGGCAUAGGAAACCCAUUGACACUUUAUCCGUCUGACCCAUCUAAACUCAACUACUGUCGCUGUGUUCCAGAUUUCCCUCUGUACGAGGGUGAUAAUGACAUGAAGCCAUUUAUGGUUCCCAUCCUGGUUCUUGUUGUCACAUUCUUGCCACAGAACACAGCUAACAGGAAAACCAUUACACUCGAUCAAAAUUACUGUUCAUCCUCCCAAUCAGGGCGGCCAGAGAAGUUGGAACCCGGUAACAAUAUAGUUAUUGUAUGGAACGAUCCUUCAGUUGAGCAUUGUGGAGCAUACUUCAAAGGUGUAGGUGAAGACCUGCAAGACCUGUACAAGGUGUGUGUGAAAACUAUAUCAUACAGAGUGAAGGACUGUGAUGUGAAGUUAACUUACUCUGAGGGAGCCAUCAUUGCAAAGUCCUACUCCUGUUACAGUACCCCGUCCACCUGGUGCACAGAACCUGGGUCUAAACUCAUUAUACGACUCAAAAAGCCAUCCAGUCUGUUUGAUGACCUCCUCCCGGAUGUGUUUAAACCAGCAACAGCAUCACUGACACUAGAAGUGUACACCGAGGCAGUAUAUACCGUAGGCACCUAUGCUAAGCUGGGUACGAUCAUAGGAGCAGCAGGAGGUGGUUUAAUUGGGUUGGUUAUUAUCAUCAUAUUUGUGGUGUGUAUUGUCCAGCACAUGAGAAGUAAAAGGAAACAACGUGAUGAGACUGACAAUAAUCAGGAUUUGGCCAUGUCACAGCGAACAGACCAACCAAGAGUCAGCGACAGUCUGAUUUCUCCGUCCUCUGUACCGGGCUCAGUCAACGUUAAUAUAGACGGAGAUGUAUAUAAGUCAGAUCCUGCCGACCUUCCUCCUCCUUCCUAUGAUAAAGUUAUGGCUUUUGAGGCAGACGAAUCAAGGGUGACAACAUAACUAUGGUUACAUCACCAUGGUCACAUCACCAUGGUCACAUAACCACGGUAACAUGGUCAUGUUACCAUGGUUGCAUCACAAAAGUCAUUACCAUGAUUACAUCAACAUGGUCACAUUUGAUUGGUUACAUCGCCAAAGUCAUGUAACAAUGGUUACAUUUCCAAGAACUCAUUACCAUGGUUACAUCUCCAAGGACACAUCACCAUGGUAAUAUCUCCAAGGUCUCAUCACCAUGGUAAUAUCUCCAAGGACUCAUCACCAUGGUUACAUCCCAAAGGACUCAUCACCAUGGUUACAUCCCAAAGGACUCAUCACCAUGGUUACAUCCCAAAGGACUCAUCCCUAUGGUUACAUCUCCAAGGUUCAUCACCAUGGUUACAUCCCAAAAGACUCAUCACCAUGGUUACAUCCCAAAGGACUCAUCACCAUAUGGUUACAUCUCCAAGGACUUAUCACCAUGGUUACAUUUUUAAUGACUCAUCACCAUGGUUACAUCCCAAAGGACUCAUCACCAUGGUUACAUCCCAAAGGACUCAUCACCAUGGUUACAUCCCAAGGACUCAUCACCAUGGUUACAUAACCAUGGCUACAUCAUCAUGACUACAUUACAUGGUAUCUUAUAGUUUGGUAUUUAAAAGGAUUGUUGUAUUGAUCCUCAAUCCACUAGUUUUAUCAAGUUAAAGAUACUACCUGGUAGUUGAGUGUGAAAUUUGCCUUUUGUUUAGCCGGUAUUCCUAACAUUAAUUAUUUAUAUUAUAAAGAGUUGUCAGCUGGAUUAUUGUGAAACUAAGAAAUGGAAUGGGGGGUUGGUCAAUGGUCAGCUGAUAACAAGUCAAUACCUUUAAACCCUAGUGGAAAAGAAGAAACAGCUUCUAAUACCUAGAUUGUAGUUUAUAAUUGGUCUGAAAACAUUUAUAUAUUUUAACAUCCAAAUGGGUAUAGGGUACAGAUUUUUAGCUGCUUCAGUUCUGCUGUAAGAAAGUUUUCAGAUCCCAAAAAUAAAUUUUAUAUGCAUAACAUUGUGUUUAUAUGACAGUUAUAUAUGGAUAUGUGAAUGGUUAUUUUGCUGUAUUGGUAAAUAUGUCUGUAUAUAUGUAAUGGACAAAUAUGUCUGUAUAUAUGUAAUGGACAAAUGUGUCUGUAUAUUUGUAAUGGACAAAUGUGUCUGUAUAUUUGUAAUUGAUCAAUAUUUCUAUGGAUGCUUAAAUCUGUAUAUAUACUGUCUGUUCUCUUUAACAUAUUUAUUAAUUUGAAAUCAUGGGGUGUAUAUAUUUACUUGGAGUUUAAUUGACCCAGUGUAUAUAUAAUAACAGACUGGUUCUAAACGUGAACACAUAUUUCUUAAAUCAAAGUUUCACUUGUAGAUUUGUGCUUUUUGCUAGGAAAUAGGAAGCAUUUCUUACAAUUUCUGUCACGAGAAAUAUAUUUAGCCUUUCAUGAUAAAGGUAUAUGAAUUAUAGGACACAUACAAGAUAGGUUUUACAAUUUGUGUUAGAGGUAUAAGAUACCAACAUGUUUUGAUGUAGUUUAUUUUCAGCAGUGAGGUGAUUGUAUAGACAUGUCAUGUAUUUUCAUAAGGUUAUUGAAAUAUUAGAAAAAAAUACUAAAUUAUAUUUUUAUGUAUUAAACAGAAUUAUUUUUUAUUGAUUUCCUCAAGACUUAUCAUAUGAAUGUGAUGUGAUCCUUGAUUUUUUUGCUUGUGAUUUUUUCAAUGUUUUCUCGGGAUCCAAUUUGCAUGUCACCUUUUGGGUCGUUCAUCAUGGGCUCCUAUUUCAGGGUCACAUGAUCAGUAUGUGGUUGUUUUGUGAUUGUCACAUGAUCUACUUUAAAGCCGUUAUUUUCUGUUGUGUUUAGAAGUAGGUUGUAAUAUCUUUAACCCUGUUGUGAAAUAAUUAUAAAAGAUACACUAAGUGGGGACGUUUUAUGCUGCCUACUUGCCUUAUAAUAUUAGAGAUCUGAAUAUUUCCUACCAUUAUAUAUAAAACUUUACAAAACUGAUGCGUAUGAAUACAACAUGAGGUCAGAUUAUUUUUAUAAGUCAUAUGUUCCAUCACUUCCACCAUGCUGGGUUACAAAAUGUUUACUCUGACAUUUUUAUACCCCCCUUUCCCCACUUAGGUCUGCCCCGUUCUGACAUUUUUGCACCCCCCUUUCCCCACUUAGGUCUGCCCCGUUCUGACAUUUUUGCACCCCCCUUUCCCCACUUAGGUCUGCCCCGUUCUGACAUUUUUGCACCCCCCUUUCCCCACUUAGGUCUGCCCCGUUCUGACAUUUUUGCACCCCCCUUUCCCCACUUAGGUCUGCCCCGUUCUGACAUUUUUGCACCCCCCUUUCCCCACUUAGGUCUGCCCCGUUCUGACAUUUUUGCACCCCCCUUUCCCCACUUAGGUCUGCCCCGUUCUGACAUUUUUGCACCCCCCUUUCCCCACUUAGGUCUGCCCCGUUCUGACAUUUUUGCACCCCCCUUUCCCCACUUAGGUCUGCCCCGUUCUGACAUUUUUGCACCCCCCUUUCCCCACUUAGGUCUGCCCCGUUCUGACAUUUUUGCACCCCCCUUUCCCCACUUAGGUCUGCCCCGUUCUGACAUUUUUGCACCCCCCUUUCCCCACUUAGGUCUGCCCCUUUCUGACAUUUUUACACCCCCCUUUCCCCACUUAGGUCUGCCCCUCUGUUCGUGCAUCUGUGUGACUUUUGGUAGUAGAGUACUGGUGUACGAGAUAUAUCUCGCGGACAGUUUUAGUUGAUAUUUACAUGAUAGUAUGGUUACAUCAAGUUCUGCACCAGAUUUAUCUCGCGGACAGAUUUAGUUGAUUUUUACAUGAUAGUAUGGUUACAUCAAGUUCUGCACCAGAUAUAUCUCGCGGACAGAUUUAGUUGAUAUUUACAUGAUAGUAUGGUUACAUCAAGUUCCGCACCAGAUAUAUCUCGCGGACAGAUUUAGUUGAUAUUUACAUGAUAGUAUGGUUACAUCAAGUUCUGCACAUGAUUUGAUUUUGUUUGUAAUCUGUUAAGGCUAUAAAGUGUCGACAUAAAAGGUCCUACUUGAGGGGGAUAUAUCUGUAUGAGCCCCUUCUUAACUACUCAGUUUUUGACACAUGCGUUAGGUAACGCAGGUGUCUAGGGGAUCGAGCGUACUACGCAGGUUAAUUUGUUUGGUGUAGAAUUGCAGAAGUAGCUCCUUCUAUGUCCUUAUAUUUUGGCUACGAUACUUGAUAAACAGGACAAAGCCAAGUGAAUGUGCUGCGUGAGGAUUGAUCUGUAGAUCUCACACAGACUGUGUAAUUAGUUUGUAAUAUAUUGAUAUCUUCUUUGUUAUAUAUAUUGAUAUGCCUUGUGUUAUAUAUUGAGGUAAUUUUAAUUUUAAGUGCCAGUUUGAGUUGAUAUUUAACCUUUUGACAAAACGUAUGAAAUAUUUAUGACUUUUUUUUUGUGAGAAGAAUUGAAAAAGCAUUAUCUAAUUGUUAUGUGCCCCAAACAGAGUGGCGCGACUUAACAUUUUUAUAAGUAUUCUUAGUAGCUCCGUUAUUAAUUUAAAUAUUAAAAAAGGAAAUACUUCAAAAACUCUGAAUAUUCAUAAAAUUAUGACGUUUAUGAUCAUGACGUCCCGAUGAGUUUACAAAACUAGAUUAGUAUACCAGUAAAACAUAGUAAUCACAUCUCCGCCCACUUCUCCAUAUGGAGAGAAAAUAACACUACAUAUAGUUCUAGUCAUUUAGUGAGUAUCAUUUCAAUAUAACGUCAUUGUACUUCAUAUUGAACAUUAAAAUGAUGUAAUGAUGUGAUAAACGUACGUAACAAACCUGAUAAUGAAAAUAUCAAUAAAUACAUAUAGCAUUGGUGAUAUAAUAAAAUGUUACUAAUUAUAAACAAAUCUAGCUUUGGUGACAUAAACAAGAAAAUACAUCAAACAUUGAUGACAAUUAAAUGUUACUAUCAAUUAAAUACAUCUAGUAUUGGUAACACAAUCAAAUGUUACUAUUAAUAAAAUAUAUCUAGUAUUGGUAACACAAUCAAAUGUUACUAUGAUUAAAUAUAUGUAGUAUUGGUAACACAAUCAAAUGUUACUAUUAAUAAACUAUCUUUCCUUACCAUUAGAUAAUAUCAUCUCUGCAAUGUACUCGGUAUUAAAACUUGUUUGUCACGUGUCUAUUUACACUCAGGUUUUACGCCAACAGUUUCCCAAAUUUGAAGGGCAAAUUCAGGAAUUAAAUAAUCUUAAGUAUAUCAAUUCCAUAUUAUGUAAAUUAUGAUAUUUAUAUUGAAAAGUCAGGGUUGUGUUCAAUUGGAGGGCCCAUCCGGCUUAUAAAUCAGCCAGUAAAUUGGGGUCAUUGAAAAUGGAAGCCCGAACCACCACUUGGAAACAUAGAACGAAAAGCUAUAAGAUAAAAUGACCUUACUUUUGAGGAUGGUUUUUAAGAAUGAUCAGUUCCAAGUUUAUUCUCAUUUCCGUGACAUACGAUAUACUAUAUACUUUGUCCAAGGUUUAUUGGUUCAGCUACUCCAUGUCAUUGAAAUGCAUUAUAUUACUAUACCUUUAUCUUAUAAAACAGCAUUAAAUGAAAUUAAAGUUAACAGGUGAGAGACUGACUUAUAAUAAAAUAUAUUUAAAAAAAUUCUAUGACAGACAUGACCAUGUCAAUUUAACUAUUUUUAUCACACCUCUUCUAUAUAAACUUUAUUUAUUUUACAACAAUUAUGAAACAAGUUAUUUAAACUUAUAUUAAUCAAUCUUGUUGGCACGGAUAUAAGAGCGCAGGGGGUCUUAAUGUGGGAGGAAACCGGAGUACCUGGAGAAAACCCACGUAGUCAAGGCAGGUCACCCCAUAUCUUUUCACCCCAUAUCUUUCUGGUGAAAGGCAAGUGCCACCUGACCUUUUCUCACAAGAACAUGUAACAACAAUUUUUUCCCGUGCUUUGGAGUGUUAAGUUGGUUCUUACGGCCUGUUUGUUAGGAUUGGGGUUAGAGUUAAGGUUGAAAUGUAUCAAUCUAAAUUACGUUGGCCAAAUAAAUCAUCCUCUGCUUUUUUUUUAAAACUAGAACAAGAACAUUGAUGUAGAAUUAAAAAUACUAAUAUUUAUUUUACGACACAGAGCAACUCGCCCUUAAAUAAAAAAUAGUAGUGAAUCAUUUGUAUGACAACUUAUUUCCAUUUUUGUGUGAAACAAGCUGGUUCUUUCAAGAUGAGUAAGAUAGCUUGGACCAUUUUGGUUUUGUACCUGGUGUAAACACAAUCUACUUUGUGACACCUAGGAUUAUAUUUUCUCUCUUUCGUGGUAGGUGAAAAGAAAUCCUGAAGAUGUAAUUAACCGUGUGGUGCUCUGCUAAGUAAAUCUGUAUAAUGAUGGUAAGACAUGAAGACCAAUGGUUAGGGUAUCGGUAAGAAAAUCUUCUGAUUUUGUUCAAAAUAUUUUAGAUUUAUGCUUAUACAUUCCUUGUUAUACCCAUCUCGUGUAUCUACAUUUAUAGAUGACUUUUCCAGCGUUAAAACAACCCAAUGAACCGUUCAAGAUGUCAAUCAAAGAGAAAGCAAUCGAGAAGUACUGAUAAUGUGCUAAUUUUAAUUUGUAUAAGAUCGAGAGUUGUAUAUCAGUUGUAUUAUUUACCUCCAUAAUGAUGAUUCUGACAGAACCGGUAUGUUCUAAAAUAUUCCAUACUAUAUGGUUAGUGUGUUCUCGUAGAACCUAUCGUUUUAGAUGCUUUGUAGUACUUAAUAGGAUGAGCACAACAACUUACUAACGAGCAAUACGAUUUGGAAAGGGUAAAUGUCAUUCUUUUUUUAUGCUGAUAUUGCUGUCCAUUUGAAGUUACACAUACUUGUUGGAGAAUGGAGAAUGCCAUAAAUUUUUCGAAAUAUAUUUCGUGAAAUUAAAAUCACCACCCCAACAAAAAAAUAUAAGACAUUAGGGAUUCCAGUUGGUUUGCAUUUUUGUUUUUAUUUCGUCAUUCCAAGGAACAAAUAUUACCAUGUUAUCCUACUGUCAUACCCUCGUUACAGGACAUGUGAAGGUAGGCGUGUCUGUGACGCUACCGUUGUUACAAGACAUGUGAAGGUAGGCGUGUCUGUGUCGCUACCCUCGUUACAGGACAUGUGAAGGUAGGCGUGUCUGUGACGCUACCGUUGUUACAAGACAUGUGAAGGUAGGCGUGUCUGUGACGCUACCCUCGUUACAGGACAUGUGAAGGUAGGCGUGUCUGUGAAGCUACCGUCGUUACAAGACAUGUGAAGGUAGGCGUGUCUGUGACGCUACCCUCGUUACAGGACAUGUGAAGUUAGGUGUGUCUGUGACGCUACCUCGUACCAACACAUGUCAAGGUAGGCGUAUGGGCCAUCAUACAGAGACAUGUUAAGGUAGGCGUAUGGGCCAUCAUACAGAGACAUGUUAAGGUGGGCAUGUCUGUGACAUUACCGUCGUACCAACACAUGUCAAGGUAGGUGUAUGGGCCAUCAUACAAAGACAUGUUAAUGAAGGCAGGUCUGCCAGUGUGCGAGAAUAAAUGACCUCGUGUACAUAAAAUAAAUCAUAUUUUAAUUGUUAUUUAUAUGCAUGUUUGAUUAAUAAACUUUUAA